UUGGUUCUGUCUCUUCUGAAUGUCCUCGUAUGGGUUAAGCAAAUGUAAAUGGUUUUGGAAGACACAAGGGUUUUCUGCCAAACUGUUAGCAAAAUGGCCUCUAGUUUUGCAUUCCAUUUCUUCUCACUUGCUAGUUGCCACUAUCUUCACACUUUAUAUAUAGGGCCCCUUCCUUACCUUGGACACCAUCAAAGCCCAAAAUCUCUUUUACAUCUGUCAAAUCCAACUUCCCAAUUCCCAUUUGUUUCAGUUCCAACUUAAAGUAAGAAAGAACUAUGUGUGCAUCAAGCAGAGCUUCUUGGGUAGUGGCAGCAAGCAUUGGUGCAGUGGAGGCAUUGAAAGACCAAGGAAUUUGCCGGUGGAACUAUCCUCUAAGGUCACAUCAACAGAAUGCCAAGAACAAUAUCAGAUCCUACUAUGAAGCCAUGAAACUCUCAGCUCAGUCUUCUUCGGCUAUAUCUAGUAAAGUGACAAACGACAAGCUGAAGCAAUCUGAAGAGUCUUUGAGAAAAGUGAUGUACCUGAGUUGUUGGGGUCCUAACUGAUCCCCUACACUUCUUGUAAAUAUAUUGCCAAUUUUGAAUUAAUAUAAGUGGCUCAUCGUAUGUUUUAAUACU